AUGGGCGACUCAGGUGCAGGUGUACAUCUGUCUACCGCACCACUCCCGAGGGAUCUUCCCUCGUCUCCUGCAGAUGCGGAGGAGAUCUCGGUACUUGUAACAGGCUUCGGCCCAUUCAAGUCCAACGUGGUCAAUGCGUCUUAUCUGAUAGCGUCGGCCCUUCCACCGUCCUUGUCCUUACCUAUAGACACAUUUGACGGGACACCUGCCACCCGCCGAGUCGCAAUCCAUGUCCAUCCGUCUCCCAUCUCCGUCGCGUACUCCGCGGUCCAGACAAUAAUCCCCAUCAUAAUGGAAGAGUAUGUCAAGACUCAUGGCCGGCAUCCUGACAUAGUCAUCCACAUGGGCAUCGCCGCGACUCGGAAUUACUACUCAAUAGAGUCGAAGGCGCAUCGCGACGCAUACAACAUGCCUGAUAACCACGGGCGGGCGGGGUACGAGGAUGGCGAGAAGAUAUGGAAAGAGAAGAGCCUUCCGCACGUCCUGAAGGCAGGGCGCAGCGAUCCCACGAAAGAUCGAAUUGUGAAGCUAGAUCUCACAUUGCCGCGGACAAACCUGAACCCUCAUCCGCCGGACGAGGAAUUCUUGAAGGCAUGGCAGGCGCUCGGUCCGCCAGGUGCAGACAUUCGAAUCUCAGAAGACGCGGGCCGGUAUCUGUGUGAAUUUAUAUUCUACACCAGUCUAUCCUUGGCUUUCCACGAAGGCCGAGACAGGAACGUUGCGUUUUUCCAUGUGCCUUCGUCAUGCCGGGAUGCGGACGUUGAGACCGGGAAGCAAGUAGCAAUUGCGCUCAUCAAGGCUCUGGUUGAUCGUUGGGUUGAGAAGGUAUAG